AGCCAUGCCGAAUAAAAACAAGAAGGAGAAAGAGAUACCAAAAGCAGGGAAAAGUGGGAAAAAUUCAAGAGAAGGACAAGACAUAGUGGAACCAGAGAUUUCCAGCAGGAAAAGCAGCCUUAUUUCUGUCUCAUCUCCAGUACCUAGUAAAAUAAAAGUGCCAGCCACUCAGUCCAUAGUGAAGAAAGACAAACGGCAGAGUUCCUCCAGGUUUAGUGCCAGCAAUAAUAGAGAACUGCAAAAGCUACCAUCUUUAAAAGAUGUUCCUCCUGCUGAUCAAGAGAAGCUUUUCAUCCAGAAGUUACGUCAGUGUUGUGUCCUCUUUGACUUUGUUUCCGAUCCACUAAGUGACCUAAAGUGGAAGGAAGUAAAACGAGCUGCUUUAAGUGAGAUGGUGGAAUAUAUCACCCAUAAUCGGAAUGUGAUCACAGAGCCUAUCUACCCAGAAGUAGUCCAUAUGUUUGCAGUUAACAUGUUUCGAACAUUACCACCUUCCUCCAAUCCUACGGGAGCAGAGUUUGACCCAGAGGAAGAUGAACCAACGUUAGAAGCAGCCUGGCCUCACCUUCAGCUUGUUUAUGAAUUUUUCUUAAGAUUUUUAGAGUCUCCAGAUUUCCAACCUAAUGUAGCGAAGAAAUAUAUUGAUCAGAAGUUUGUAUUGCAGGUAAGGCACAAAUUAGCUGAAACCACAAAAUCCCUAAUUUACAGAGAGAAUCCCAAGUCACUAAAUGUCUUUUUUUCCUUGAAGCUUUUAGAGCUCUUUGACAGCGAAGAUCCUCGAGAGAGAGAUUUUCUUAAAACUACCCUUCACAGAAUCUACGGAAAAUUCUUAGGCUUAAGAGCUUACAUCAGAAAACAGAUAAAUAAUAUAUUUUAUAGGUUUAUUUAUGAAACAGAGCAUCACAAUGGCAUAGCAGAGUUACUGGAAAUACUGGGAAGUAUAAUUAAUGGAUUUGCCUUACCACUAAAAGAAGAGCACAAGAUUUUCUUAUUGAAGGUGUUGCUACCUUUGCACAAAGUGAAAUCUCUGAGUGUCUACCACCCCCAGCUGGCGUACUGUGUUGUGCAGUUUCUGGAGAAGGACAGCACCCUCACGGAACCAGUGGUAAUGGCACUUCUCAAAUACUGGCCAAAGACUCACAGUCCAAAAGAAGUAAUGUUCUUGAAUGAGUUAGAAGAAAUUUUAGAUGUGAUUGAACCAUCGGAAUUUGUCAAGAUCAUGGAGCCGCUCUUCCGGCAGUUGGCCAAGUGCGUCUCCAGCCCGCACUUCCAGGUGGCGGAACGAGCACUGUAUUACUGGAACAAUGAAUACAUUAUGAGCCUAAUCAGUGACAAUGCGGCCAAGAUCCUGCCCAUCAUGUUCCCAUCCUUGUACCGCAACUCGAAGACCCACUGGAACAAGACAAUACAUGGCUUGAUAUACAACGCACUGAAACUCUUCAUGGAGAUGAACCAGAAGCUAUUUGAUGACUGCACUCAGCAGUUUAAAGCAGAGAAACUGAAAGAGAAGCUAAAAAUGAAAGAACGAGAAGAAGCAUGGGUUAAAAUAGAAAAUCUAGCCAAAGCAAACCCCCAGUACACAGUACAUAGUCAAGCGAGCACCGCAAGCAUCCCGGUUGCAAUGGAGACAGAUGGGCCCUUAUUUGAAGAUGUGCAGAUGCUGAGAAAGACAGUGAACGAAGAGGCUCGCCAGGCACAGAAGGACCUGAAGAAGGACCGGGCUCUGGUGCGCCGCAAGUCCGAGCUGCCUCAGGACCCCCACACCAAGAACGCCGUGGAGGCUCACUGCAGAGCCGACCAGCUGCUGUCCCAGGACGGCCGCUAGCCCCCGCCGUCGGCUCGGUCCUGGAUUCUAUAGAAACAUACUUUCGUGCCAUACAAAUCAGUUACACUCAGAGUCCGAGCUUUCUUCGCCCCCGUCCUGUAGGCAGUAACGCACUCCCGCCCCAGCUCGAGAUUAGGAGUUCAAACAAUGGUGACUCAGACCCAGGCAGAGCUGGCCACAGCGUCCCUGUCGAGGCCCCAAACAUGACAGUGUCCCAAAGUCAGAGCUAAGGCAAGCACCCUGGUCAUCACCUUUACAUUCUACCCAAAUGGAAUUGAUCAUUUAAAAUAGGUGGUUCUAAGAGAAUAUCAAUGUUUUUCAAAUCAAAGGAACACCUUUAAAAAGUACUUCAUAUCUUUAAGACUUUACCACCUUUGACAUUGUUUCCACAUGAUUGUUUACAUCAGCAGUUUCUUUCUGUUUUGGUUUUUUUCUUCCCAUUGAAAUGGUUUUUUGCUGUCAUCAUUCUAACACAGGAAAGGGGACGCGACAAUCCUCAGCCGCUGUUUUCCCUGAGGUACCCUUCACUUUGAGGAACGACACGUACACCGUGUCCGACUUCUUGUGGAUUUCUAAAGCCAUAUUUGCCAGUCGGUGGUCCAGCACCAGGACUCCUGGAGUGAGUGCAUAGGAGACAUCUCUUUACAGGAGCCUUUUCUGUCUCCCUUGGCUAGAAUUGGGGUUUUUUAAAACGUUGUGUUCAUUUUUGGGUUUGCAGAAUUUUUUUUCUGUACUUACACAUUGUUGCCCUUUAACUAGGCUCUUGAAUUAAUAAAAUUAGAGUCUCUGAGAAUUCCACACUUUGCAGAAAGCUAGAAUGAGAACGUUUUGAGUUCAGCCAGUUCUUGGCAGAAUGCAAACUGCGGCUGCCUUUGGGCAAAAGUCACAACAAUACCCCCAUGCUGGCGUGACAUUCAUUAUUGCUGUGACGUGGUUCUAAGAGCUUGGAGAGACAGGAUGACUUCAGAUGAGUCCUUAUGUUGAAAGGAGCACAUGUAGUAUGCACCUCGUAAGGAAAAUACAGUGUCUGAGUUUUCAUCAAAUGCUGCUAUCUAUUUCCCAGACUUCCUUGCAUGUGUUGAGCUUCUUGUUUUUGAUGGAAUAGCACGAGGAAAAAGUCUUUAAACUUAGUGCUUUGUAUGUUCUUUAUUUCUCUCAGGGUGGCCAGUAUCUUGACUUAUUUAUCCUGCUUGAAAGCUAUUUGAGAUGUGUACUGCUAUUCUAAACAAGUGAUUCUAGUUUUUUGUUUUGGAGUUUUUUUGUCUCCAGCAUAAGAUUAUAUAACUUAAUGUUAAAUGUCUUCAUGCAUAAAGAUAAAACGUGGCUUCUUUUAGGAUGUCUUCUAAUUGAGGUCUUGGUAUCCACUCAAACGUCAAAGCAGACAUCGUUCUCUGCCACUUAAAUCCACAGACGAUGUGUAUGUCCUGUGUCUUGGAGGAAACUCCCCAGGGGGAGGGGACUUUGUGUGAAGCCCACGUGCUGAAUUAAGAGUGCCCAGCCAGCCAAAAGUGGAAACCCGCUUUGUGAGCAGACACACUUCCUGAGAAACUUGAUGAGUAUAUAUCCAUUUUACCAUUAUGAAAUUUACCAUUUUAAAAAAUUUAGAUGCCUUCUCCUUUUGAGGGAAAAAGGGUGCUUUUUAUUGUAUAAAGCAGCGUCUUACGUAUUUUGAUAUACCAUUGUUUGAACUUCCGUCUUUGGCUGGCAGAUGCUCAGAUAUCCUUGAUUUUGGAUGUUCAGUAUGUUUGUGAGAGAGCUUUCUGGAAGACUCUUUUGCCCUAGGAAAAAAGCAAAAUUUCAGUGUUUGAGUGAUUGUGUGAAAUUCAUGGUUUAAGAACAUCUUUUGUCUAGGUUUUAUUUCUGCUCUUUAUUGAAGACAAACAUUCACCAAAAAGGGAAAAACAGUUUUGAGAGAAACUAAUUUUCUUUGACAAGAGUAUUAUUUAAUAUUUUGGCCUAUUAAGGUUUUCCUAGUUAGUAUUCAGAUUCCCUGUGCUAAUUGUUCAACUUAUAUAUUAUUAUAUAGACACAUUGUUUAUUCCGUACCAAACUGAUUUCAAACGUACUACAUCAAAACUAAACUGGUGACUGUUUUUCUUCAUAAAGUUCUGCAUUUGGCAUCCUCACUCUUCACAGAAUGUAUCUGUACAUCAGAAAUGUCACUAUUCCGAGUGUCUUUUUAGUGUGGCUUUAGUAUGGCUUCCUUUUACUAUUGUACAUACAUUGUAUCUUUGUUUUAUGGUAAUAAGUAAUAAAAAUGUAGACAUCAUAUUUUGUACAAAAUGUCCUAUGUACAGAAUAAAAAAGUUCAUAGAAACAGCAAAAGUAGGUAAGUGGCACAAUUAUUUUUCUUUAGAAAAUAUCUGUAACUUUAUGCUUUAGUGAAAUGUUAAGUACCUACAUAUUUUUUAACAUUUUGUAACUCAAAACUUUUUGUUUUGACAUUGUUUAUGAAGAGAAACUUCAUACACUUGCCAUUUAAUAUGCUCUUUUAUCUAAUUUUAAAAAACUCUAAAAAUGGUGUAUUAUAUGGACUAAAUAAAGAACAUGUGAAUUUUACUGCUCAUCAUGAAACUAAAUGUAGCCAUGGUGUUGGGCCAGCUGGUUCUGCCCGUGAUUGAGUCACUGUUAGGGACGGGCGGGUGUCCCUGUGCGGCCGGCCGGAGCCAGGUCCUUCCCCAGCGUUCCGUGAGCUCGCUUUAAUUCUCUGAAGGGAAAGGGAAAGGUGUCUUUAUAUCCACCAUCGCACUUGUUAAAUAGGCAAAUGUGGAUCGAAACACAGUUUGUGGAAAUGGAAUUAAUUGAGCCCUGAUUGUGUUUUAAAUGAUUCUUGAAAAGCCGUUAAUGUCUUGGAAAUAGAGUAGAAUUGCUGAGAGAAUGAACGUGGGGUGUAGGCAUCCACCCCUGCCCAGCGCAGCCCACUGUCCUCACAGUGCUGUUACUGAGAAGUCGCCAGGAUCCUGGGAUAGAGAUUUCCUCACCUCUCCGUGGUUGCACUUGAUCAAACAUUCCAGAAGGUGGGUUGUGACCUGUGCUCCUUAGUGUCCUUGUCUAUCAGAUGGUGUUUGUGACUCCCUUUCACGUUGGAAGAGUCACUGUGGGAGCCGGGGUGCAGUGAAGAAACCGAGCUCCAGGCAGCAGGUGGCCCUGGGACCUGCCCAGUGUCUGGCCUGGGCGUCUGGUAACCUUGUGGGGUAGUUUGGAGAACCACACAGUCCCUGCUUCCCCCUGGGGGCAGGUACAUUGCUCAGGAGACCCUUCCAAGCUGCUGCGGCUCCCACUGUUGCUGUUUCCUCAGACUAGGUGUUCCUCAUCUCCCACCUUGAAAUUGGAGGAAGCCGCUGUGUUUAGUAACUUCUUCCGCUCAAAAAUUCUUGACAGCCCUGGCCGGUUUGGCUCAGCUGUUAGAGCAUCAGCCCGCGGACCAGUGAGUCUCGG